AUGAACCGGACCAGAAUGAAGAUCGCUCAGUAUGUCGGUGAGAUGAAGAUCGCUCAGUAUGUCAGUGGACUGCUUGAAUCUGGCGAGUACUCGGAUUUCACAAUCACCUGCCAGUAUAAAGUGUUCAAGGUCCAUCGAAACAUCAUCUGUGCAGAAUCCACGAUGCUCAAGGUCGCUUGUAAUAAUGCAAAUUUCAAGGAAGCUGCUGAAGCAAAGAUCGACUUUCCCGAGCAAAGGCCGCGCAUCAUGAAGAUGGUGUUGCAGUUCAUGUACACCGCUGAAUACAAACCCUGGACUUUGCCUAAAUUUGGCGGAAACGAGACAGCUGAUAAUACCAAUGAUUCCGAUGAGAUCGAUGGGAAGUUGCCAGAGCUUGCUGUCCACAUUAUGGUCCAUCAAGCUGCGGAUAUGCUGGGAAUGGAAUCGCUCAAGAAAUAUGCGGCAGAAAAAUACUGGAAGUCCUUCGACUCUAUGAGACCAAACAAUGAUGGAGUCACGGCGCGGGAUUUGCAGGUCAUGUAUGACUUCACGGAACCGUAUGAUCAAGAAUUUCGAUAUCCCACGACCAUAUUCCUUUUUGAAAUAAGUCAAGAAACACAAAAAUGGACCGAAACCAGCGAAGUUAUCCGCAAGAACGACCCAGUGCUCUGCAAAGCAUUUAUGAAAUUAAACAAGGAUGUCGAGCGGAAGAUUAUCAUCAAGUUGAACGAAGCUUCAUGUGAAGCCCAGAGGGAGCUGCGUCGGGUCAGGGAAAAUGCACAUUUCGAGAUCGACAGCUUGAACAGUACGAUUGCUUUAUUGAAGAAACCAGUGGAGGAAGGUGCCUGGUGA